CACCUGGUCACAUUUUACCGGAAGCAGCCGCAUAAAGACGAAGACGUUGGGCGUGCAGGUGUUUAGGAACCAGCUUUUAAACUUAAAGGAACCUGCGGCUUGUCGUGUCUGGUUUCUUUUUUUUUUUUAAGGAUUUGAUUCUCAGUAAUGCCUCCUAAGAAGCCAGCAGCAGACUCUGCUGAUCCGCCUGCGCCCUCCUCCAGUGACGCCCCGGUGAAAGAGACGAAAUCAGAUGCUGCGACGCUGCGCAAACUUGCAGCUCACCCCUCCACAGCGAUUAUGGUGAAGGAAGCGCUGAGAGAGUUGGACUCUCGCAAAGGAGUGUCCUCACAAGCGAUACAGAAUUACAUCAAACAAAAGUACCCCUCGGUGGAUUUGGUGAGGCUGAAGCACUUGGUACGGAGAGCCCUUAAAAAGGGGCUGGAGACCGGCACGUUGGUGCGGCCUGCAAACUCCACCGUCAGCACAGGAGCGACGGGGAAAUUCAGGCUCGCACCGAAAGUCAAGGAGGCGAAGUCAAAAACGGAGAACACUGAUCCCAAUGUGCCGAAAGAGCCUAAAGCAGCCAAGGAUGGAGCCAAGAAGGCCAAAAAAGCAGCAGGUGCCACGAAGAAGAAAAACACUGCCAGUGAAAAGGACAAGUCUGAAGAGGAGCCAAAGCCCCCCAAAAAGUCAAAGAAAGAUGAAGGGGCUGUUACUUCUAAAGCUGCUCCAGCAAAGAAGCCCAAAGCUAAAAAAGCUGCAGAGACGGGGGACAGCGAGGAAGCUACCGUUCCAGCCAAACCUAAAGCAAAAAAGACCACCAAGGCAGGAAAGGCAUCCCAGACCAAGGCUGCUGAAACCAGUGGCGAUGCCCCUGCUGCUAAAGCAACUGGGCAACGCAGGAAGAAGAGUGCAGAGUAAAUUUGUAGUUAACUGUUUUUAUGCUGUUUUGCAAUAAAAUCUUUAUUUUGGA